AUGGUGCUAGAAUUAACAUCUGUACAAUUUGAAAAAGUUUCUGAUGAGACACUUACUUCUUUAACUGAAUAUUUUGAUGAAUUAGUAGAGCAAGCAAUACAUUUAUCAGAUGCAGAUGUAUCAUAUGGAGAUGGUGUUUUAACUGUUAAAUUUGGUGAUUCUUAUGGUACAUAUGUUAUAAAUCGUCAAAGUCCAAAUAGACAAAUUUGGUUAUCAUCCCCAAAAUCUGGUCCAAAACGAUAUGAUUUUAUAGAUGGUAAAUGGAUUUACAAAUAUGAUGGAAAAUCAUUACAUGAACUACUCGAUGACGAAAUACCAGCAAUUAUAGGAGAUCAAACAAAUUUUAAUAAAUGUUCCUUUAGUGGGAAAUAA